CUUGUUUGGUACCAUGUGUGGGGCAACUUGAGGAGGUGGAGGAGUUGGGAGCUAAAUGAGAAGCGUGCCUGCUGAGAGAAGUCUUUUGGCAUCUUGAGAGCUGAUCUCUCCUUCAAACAUCCAUGCACUAACCGUGCAUAGGUUCCCUUGGCACUCCGCUAGACUUGCACGCCAUUCCGAUGGCGUUCAUCUUGAGAAGGGCAGUGGUUCUGGUGGUUGGGGGAAGCGGUGCAUUUAUCCUUGUGCAAAAGUUGCUGCGGCGGACCAAGCCCGAUUCGUCCGGGCAACCGUCGCCGUUGGAGUUGGUUGCCAAGGGGGCGAGUCAGCUGCAGAACAAUGUGGGGGCUUUCUCAUUGCACGACACAUUGCUGGCGCUCACUGCAAUGUCCAAGGUCAGCGAGGAAGAGACUCCUGCAGUCCCUGGCAAACCGGCGCCAGAAGCCAAGGACGCGCUUUGGCUGCUACAAGCGCAGCAUUGGCGGGUUAUGGCUGAGGCCGUGUAUGCCCCGUCCCCCGCCCAGUGGUCCAUUCAAACGGCCAUGCCCGAGUCGAAUCUUUUGUGUUGCAACCUAGAGUCAAAUUCAGACGCAAUGCGGCCCGCUUUCGUGGUUGCGAUCGACGGCCCCUUCAACGCCGUCGUGUUGGCCGUCCGAGGAACCGCAGACAUGACGGACAUGCUGCUUAACGCUGCGGCGGAGCCAGUCGAUUUUAAGGCAGGGCGCGCGCACGCGGGGCUGGUGCACGCGAGCAAAGGCGUGCUGGAGGAGGCGCGCGAUUGCGUGGACAAGGCGAUGAAGGACCACAAGGGGAAGAAGCUGGUCUGCGUCGGCCACAGCCUAGGCGCAGCGACCGCCAUUCUGGCGGGCCACGUGUUGCGCGAGGACUACCCCAACGUGGAGUGCUGGGGCUUCUCCACGCCCGCCUGCCUCACGCUCGACGCGGCGCGCAGCUGCGCCGAGUACGCGACCAGCGUGCUCAACAACCACGACGUUGUCCCGCGGUUCAUGAUGGCAAACCUAGAGAGGCUGCGCCAGGAGAUUUCCGACUUCGACUUCGACCACGCGCGUGAAAUCAUGAGAAGCAACGAGGAUCUGCGACAGAUCAACACUGCUGCGGAAGCAAUGAAGCGGGUAGAACAAGCGCAGCACAGUGCAGAGGGGCUGCUAGCCAAAUUGAAAAGUAUUCUAGGAAAGCUCGUCCCGUUCAAGAAGCGUCACAACCACAAGGAAGAACGGCAGGAGUCGAACGAGGAGAAAGAGGGCCCCAUUGGGUUGUAUCCCCCCGGCAAGCUCCUGGUGCUCAGCAGCGACCCGUACGGUCACGGCCUGAUGCCCGAGUCCCGGAAGGGGGUCCCCAGUAUGCGGGACUACGGCGUCUUUCCCAGCCACGAGCGCGCGGCGAAAACGAAGUGGACGCUCAACAAAGCGGAUCAAACGGACUUCGAGCGGUUGUACAUUUCGCCGUGGGUUAUGUCUGACCACAUGAUGAUAACCCACAUGGAAGGCCUGGACAGCCUGCAGCACGAGUGCGAGCCGUUCCUGGACCGCAAAAGACCUGCCAUGAGCGCGCAGUCUAGCCAGACCGACCCGGAAGCUCGAAAGAUCCUCAAAGACGCGUCGAUUCACCCGCUAGCUUGGGUUUUCAUGGGGGCGUUUGUGUCCGCCUGGCUGCGAAUAUGAGUUUUGGGCUCUUGUUGCCUUCGUGAUCUGGUCACUUCAAGUCGGAUUCCGGUAUAUUGUUCUGUGUUUGGAUUGUAAAAGAGGGGUUUACAUUUUGUAAAUAUACUCGGUCGGGCAACCACUUUCGUAAUUAUUUUGCUUGCCUUACAAUCAGACUUUGUUGGGCUCCAGUAAUGUUGCUCUGCUUGGCCUUUCAUGCAGUAAUUCUCGUAGCGC